GUGAGGGGGUGGUGCUUUGGGGAGCUACGGUGUAGUGGAGUGAAAAAUGAGAGACUAAGAUUGCAGGGGUGAAAGCAGUAUUUUGGGCAUGAAGAUUACGAGACAGAAGGGUAUGAGCUGCAUUGGGAUCGAGAGUGAUAAUCUGGUGGUGAUUGAAGCAAUGAGGAAGCGUUUGUAUGGCUCUAGUUCCUUUCAUCUGAUUAUAAAGGAUAUUCAAGAUUUUUUUUCUUCUUCUAAUUUUAUUAGUGAUUCAUGGUCUUUUGUCAAGCGAGAGGGGUAAUAAUGUAGCAUACAAAUUGACUUACUUUCAACCAUGGGAGUUUGGUCAAUGGGUGGAGUGAUGUAAUCCCUCCUCGCAUUUUGGAAAUUUCUUCAGUUGAUCUACAUGGUUUUUUUUUUUCAAAAAAAAUAAAGGUAUUAAAUUUGUUACUUUCAAAGUUAUUCACUGAUAAUUUUCUGUUUUACACAGAUCACUUACCAACUCAUCCAAUUCACUAACUCAUACAAUUCUACAAUUGCUAGUCUGCAACUACAUUUAUAAUAAAAUGUAGGUGACCGUCAGCUGAUGUUAAAAUCGCAAAGGUAACACUACCUAUACAAUUCCAUAGUUCACACUUCACAUGACACAAUUAAUUUGUCAUAAUGGCCACGACAAAAGAGUCAUCCUAACCACAUUUUUUUUGAGGAAAACUCAUCCUAACCACAUUUAAGACAUGAUAACUUGUAAUUGACUUAUGUUACCAUACUUUUCUUUCGUUUGUUGUAAACUCAGUUUAAUUAAUGUAAUUUCAGCCAUUUUCAAAAUUUAAAAAAAAAAACAAAAAAACAAAAAACAAAAAAACAAAAAAACAAAAAAAAAAAACCUUACACACAAAUUAUACUAGGUUUGGAGUGUGAAGAUAGCAUUUGAGAAAUGGAAGUGUAAUGAUAAACUAAUAAUCCGUACUUUUUAAAAUAAGUUUAUGCUAAACCCUUAUAAGGUUUGUCCUGCCUCAUAAUUAGACAAUCGCAUAAAGACUCAACCCAUUUAUUUAUUAGACGGAUCUAACCCAUUAAUAACUGUGGCGGGUCAUGGGUCAUGGCUUUUAACAGGGAUCCAAGGCGUCCAACCCAUUGAAUUGCUCAAUUGAAGCGCAUUCAACGUUCUCCAUUGAAGCGCAGUUGCCGUUCUCCGUUGAAGCUAGUUCGUGUAUCCCCCAUUGAAGCAGCUUCUGAGGAUUGAACUAUGAAAUCAGAUUCGUCCCCUGCUCCGUGGAAAUGGAGAAAGGUAGCUUAUGGAGGUAUGCAGCCGGGUUUUGGUGACAAUUAUACCGGUGAUUCAUUCCUCGAGGAUAUGGUCACAAAUGCUAAUGUUGUGAAGAGGGACUUGUGUAAGGUGAUCCUUGAUUCAGUGUCCAUUUCCCAGUAUCUUUGCACUGUCAUCCUUGUGGUGUUGGUCUGGACCUACACUCUUGCCUCAACUGUUAGUUUAAAAUCCCUUUUGCUUCUUGAUAUAACUAUGCUAGUUUCAGGCUUCGUAGUUCUCAUUUUAACUGCCAGGAUGAUUUCCCUCAAACUCUUCGCCCAAUAUGCUCUUAACAUUUUGUAUUUCAUAACUGGGUUGUAUGCUUUGUCUCCAAUUUAUCACACUUUGACGAAAUCCAUUAGUUCAGAUUCCAUUUGGGCUCUAACGACUAUGCUUAUUGUCCUCCAUCUCUUUUUGCAUGACUACACUGGGUGCACUGUGAAGGAUCCUGGUUCUCUCACAAAUCCUACUUUAAGUAGCAAUAUCGCUUUGAACAUGUCCAUCAUUGCUUCGGUUUUGAUUGCUUCCCAACUCCAAUCAAGGCAACUUGUUUUUGCUAUUGUGCUGUUUUCCUUGCAGGUUUUCCUUUUUGCUCCUUUUGUUGCAUACUGUAUCAAGAGAUACUCAUUCUGGUUGUAUCUAUGGUUUUCACUGGGAGUGGUGGUUCUCACUUUGGUGCUAGUUUAUAGACUGCAAGGAUUUUUCUUCGGCGUACUUCUAGGAUUGCUGGUUUUUAUCACUUUCAUCUGUCCUUAUUGGCUUACCAGAAUUCAAAAAUACAAGUUUGAAAUAAAUGGUCCAUGGGAUGAAGCCAAGCUCUGUUUUGACAUAAAUGAAUAGUGUGUGCGUUGGACAAUCUCACACCGUCAUCUCUUUGGUCAGAGAGUCAUCUUAAUCAGAAAUGAGGCUUGUAAAUUUGAUUAUUGUGAACCAUUCUAGUCUUUUAACCUCUGCAAGUGAAAGUCAUGGCUUGCCUUUUAUGCUCUUUGAUAAGCCAAGACUAAUUGGUUCUCCUCAUAUAUUCGACAGUCUCCUUGUCCGUCCUAUACCUUGAUAAAGGUUUGUGCUUAAAAACUGCUAUUCAGUGGGCACUGCAGGAUUUUCAGAAAUUAGGAGUAGGCUUCCAGGUUGGUGCUGCAAUUUGAAGGUUAUUGCAGAGCAAUUUGAAGAGUCCACAAUUUAGCAGUGAGUUGCAGGAAGGGCUAUAUUAAUACGUUUAACGGUUUUUGUUAUAGAAAGGAAGGAAUGGGGUUAAUCAGUAGAUAUUAUGAAGUUUUGAUAGUGUAGUAGGUUAGUUUCAUGUAACGAAAUUUUGUAAUGUAUGGGGUGGGAAAAUGUUUUCUCCCAUUGUUCAUGAUCAGUUUGAUACAGUUUAUGUAGGGCAAUUUUAUGUGAUAAAACUAUGUAAAUGUAUGGAGCUAAAGUUUUCUACCAUUGU